AUGGACAACUUGAGAGAUGGCAAUCAGACUUCUUGGCCUAGAGAGUUUAUAUUAAUGGGGAUCUCAAAUUACUGGGAGACAAACAUUGCACUUUUUGUGACAUUUGUCAUUAUUUACAUGAUGGCCAUGAUUGGCAACUUGCUCCUUGUACUUCUGGUCAUAGUAGAUUCUCACCUUCACAGCCCUAUGUAUUUCUUCCUCUCCAACUUCUCUGUCUUGGAGGCUUGUUAUACUUCAACUGUGGUGCCCCAAAUGCUGUCUCAUCUCCUGUCUGAGGAAAGGAUCAUUCCUCUCAUCCGCUGUGGUAUACAACUCUACUUCUUCCUUUCAUUUGGAAUUACAGAAUGUUUUCUUCUUAGUGUGAUGUCAUAUGAUCGUUAUGUUGCCAUUUGCCUUCCAUUACACUAUAGCCUCACAAUAACCAAAAAGGUCUGUAUUUCAAUGGCAACUGUUUCUUGGGUGGGAGGUUUAUUUUUUUCUGCCAUAAAUACUGCAUUUACUUUGAACUUAUCCUUUGGUAUCCACAAUAAGAUUGAUCAUUUUCUCUGUGAAAUGCCUGCCUUAGUGAAAAUAGCUCAUGGAGAUGCAUAUCAAGCCAAAAUGUGCAUGUCUGUUUCAUGUCUAUUUACUUUGGUCUUGCCACUUCUAUUAAUUCUUAUGUCAUACACUCGCAUUCUGUACUCCAUCUUUGGCAAAGGUUCUCUCUCGCAUAAAGCCAUCUCCACAUGCUCUUCUCACAUGACAGUAGUUACACUUUUUUUUGGAUCAGUCCUUUCAAUAUAUAUGCAGUCAAAAUCCAGCACUUCAAAGGAAUAUGUGAAAAUGGCAUCUGUGUUUUAUAUCAUCAUUACUCCAGCACUCAACCCUCUCAUAUAUAGUUUGCGAAAUAAAGAGGUGACUCAGGCCCUGAAGAAAUUAAUGUAUAAAGUUGGAGGUAUUGAUUGA